UCAGUGGAGAAUCAGUGAAAAGAUGAAGCUUCUUCUGAGCAGUCUGUUGCUGGGCUCUCUCUGUGCCAUCUCAUCUCGCAGUGCUUCAUGUACAGACAUUGUGACCCAGACCCCUGAUGUUUCUGUCACGGAGGGCGACGCUCUAAACAUCACCUGCUGCUUCAACUCGACGUCUGAAAGAAUGAAGUUCAAAUGGCUGAAAAAUCAGAAAGAAAUUGGAAAUCAGUCCAGCGUCUUGAAUAAUCGGUCUCAAGGAUCCCAGAUGAAUCCUUCCUGUUCAACUUUGACCUUUUCCAACAUCGAAAUAGAGGAAUCAGGGAAAUACAUCUGCAAAGUGGAUGUGGACAUACCGGUUUAUGUCCAGAUGGAAGGAAAUGGUACUGUCAUCACAGUUGUGCCCAGAGGGAUCAGUGAUGGCAACACAGUUCUGCACACAUUUGGCGAUGGUGCCUGGGAGGCAGUGAUGAUUUACACCCUGAGGUGCCUUCCCAUCAUUGUCCUUAUCAUAACCUUCUCCUGCGUCUACAGAUGGAAGGUUAAAGCUCAACAGCAAGUACCAAGUGAAAUACAACCUACCUCAAGUGUGAUGAUACUGUAAAUGUUGCAUUAUAUGGAGAAUUAUUGAUCAGUGCAUUCCUGUUUCAGCUACCCCUGGCAAUCGGGACACUUCAGCCCAAAGAAUAGAAUUAGAGGAAAGAGACGAAAUAAAUGGAAGCAGCAAGACAAGUGGAUGAAGUCAGAUCAAACUGUUAACUGUUAAGUGUAAUUCCUCCUAUUCUCCCUGGACUACUGUCACAACAAAAGUUACACAUCUCUUGCUCAUUUGAUUCAAUAUUCACAAGCAAAACAUGUUGAGAACUUCUGAAAACUUCUGCAAAACAUGUAAUUAAAAUUUUUUACCCUGUGUCUUGAAUUUUAUUUGUGUGUGCUCCCUGAGUGGGACGUAGCCUUCAUUUUUAAAGUUGCAGCCUUACAACACUAUACAAGGCCUUAUGAAGGCCUACUCACACUAUGAUGCUCAACAGAGUGGUUUCUGAUGUAAAAAUCCCGUUCAUUUUAUAAAUAGAGAUGUUGAUUAUCGGCCAUGACAUUGUUACCAUCACAUAUGGACUUACCACAAGCUACCUGAUCAUUAAAUUAUGGUAUUUUCUCCUGUAGAAGUCUGUAUUUCAUCAGCUGCUUUAAAAACAAUUGUGUUUUUCUUUCAAUGUCAAGGAUAAAUACUACACUACUCACGGUCCUUCGGUGUAGUAGCGAUGUCUGGUGGAGCUUGCUGUCACAAUGGAAAUGUUGAUGCUUUGCACACACACACACAAGUGGGGUACUACGAUGUAUUGCAACACUACAUUAACAACCAGGUCAAACUAAAGAAGUGCACUAGAAGUCAUUGUGAUUAUUUGCAAUGGUUUAUGGGAUGCGUAGUAUCUUUGUUCAGCUCAGCCUUUGUUGUCUGUGAGAACCCCAGCUCCAGCCUAGCCUCCUUUGCUCCGCACAUUGAGCCCUCGGUCUGAAUUAUGAUCCUGAUGAUUGAUCAAUACGAAAACAAUACAAAGUCAUGACAUUUUUCUCCUAACAUAUAUCUAGUUGGUUACCGAUUUUAUUGUUUCAGUUUCUGUGUAAGAGGGAAAUAAAACUUGAAACUCUCUCAGGAGAACAGAGAAAAAAUAAUCUGAGUUGCACAAUCUCAUAGUUUCCUGUGUGUGGUAUGAGUAUUUUGUGAGGGCUUAAAUGACAUUGGUUCAUGUUAUGUCUUCUGAGUGGGUUAAGUGGGAGGGACUUAGAUAAACCAGAGAAAGAUGAGUGGCAGUAGUCAGUGGUGAAUCAGUGAAAAGAUGAAGCUUCUUCUGAGCAGUCUGCUGCUGGGCUCUCUCUGUGCCAUCUCAUCUCGCAGUGCUUCAUGUACAGACAUUGUGACCCAGACCCCUGAUGUUUCUGUCACGGAGGGCGACGCUCUAAACAUCACCUGCUGCUUCAACUCGACGUCUGAAAGAAUGAAGUUCAAAUGGCUGAAAAAUCAGACAGAAAUUGGAAAUCAGUCCAGCGUCUUGAAUAAUCGGUCUCAAGGAUCCCAGAUGAAUCCUUCCUGUUCAACUUUGACCUUUUCCAACAUCGAAAUAGAGGAAUCAGGGAAAUACAUCUGCAAAGUGGAUGUGGACAUACCGGUUUAUGUCCAGAUUGAAGGAAAUGGUACCGUCAUCACAGUUAAGCCCAAAGGAAACACCGGAAAUCCAGAUGUCCCUGCGGCCCGUUCUGCUGUAGUCCCCAUUAUACUUGCAGCGGCUCUUGUGGGUCUGUUGCUCCUCAUCGCGCUCAGCUGCUACUGCAUUCUGCGAAUCAGACGUGGUACAACACAUGCAGUCAGGGUGAUAUACGAGGUUCCCCACACUGACUCCGAAGAGGCAGAUAUGGAUAAACACAGCACCAGCUCCUCCACAGGCUCUUCUCAGUGGUGUCAGGUACCAGUGUAUGAAUCCUUUGAUUACUUUGAACGGGUGAAAAGCAAAGAAAGUGGAUGAGGAUCAACUCAGCUCGAUCCUUCAUCUUCCAGUAUUUUCUGUUUAUACUUUUCUUCAUGUGAAUAAUGUACAAUUAUUUACUUAUCUCUACAUUGAUUCUGUAAAAUAUAUUUUUUAAACUGCCUCUUAUUCAAGUGUUUUCUGUAUUUACUUUUUCUUGAUUUGAAUAAUGUCAAAGAAUUUACUCAGAUCCAUAUGGAUUAUGUAAAAGCUUAUAUAUUUGCAAAUAUUUGACUAUUUUUCUAUAAACUGCCUUUUUAUUCCUCUUUGUGGAUUACAUUCUUUUCAGUCACAACAUGGUGUGUGUGUGUUCAUUUACCGACGGUAUUACUUGUCUCACACUGAAAGGGUCUGACGUGAUCACACUGUGGUCCACACCAGCGAGAGGUGUUGAGGCAGAAGCAGAGAUGCAGGUCCCAUGGUGACUUGUGCCUACGAUGAGGACACUGAAAGGAAACUGUGGUGUUGAGGGGUUGUUGCAUAAUAGGUCAGGGACAGGAAGUGGAAACAAAGCCUGUGACGGUCGCAGUAGCAGUGUGCGUACAUUCACCACACAAGGCCCUCCGAGUGGAUACAGAACAUCUAUAAAGAUAAAUACUGGCUCUUACUGUAAAUUCAUUUUGACCAUGCUUUCCAGUCAAGGCCAUGUCAUUUGUUCAUUAAUGAAACUCAAGUUGAAGGUUAACACUAAAUAUCAAAAGAGCAACUGGGACAAAAGAUGUGAAGCUGUAGCUGCUUGAAGACAAGAAAUUAAGCCAAUGGGUGACAGCUACUUCAAAUCCUCCAUCUAACCCAGAAUGAUCAAAUGUUUGUGCUUAAAAAUUA